AUGGACAUCUUUGGGGUCAUGGCAGCAGAAGCCAUUCCGUUUUCUCCUACGCAUCAACAACAGCCAGACCGCCCUCAACUCGGCCAGGGUUAUUCGCCACAAGCUCAUCCAUCUCAAGCUCAUGACUCCUUUCCGGAAGCCCCCGUCACCACCUCGGCUUUGGAGGUCAAAAAAGACCCCCUCCCACAGAAAAGUCCACCAAAAGCACCAAACACUCACCUCAGCAAUGUUUCGUCACGAUCGACCCAUACGCUGAGCUCCCACCCGCUCGCUCCAGACUCCGGUACUCCGAGUCGAGCGCCCCCUUCUCAUCCCCCGGCGCUCGGCUCCAGCCUGGCUCCUCAAAGAGACACCAGUGCGAAUCGUGUCCAUCAACCGCCACCGCCGGGUGUCAGAGCAGGCUCCGCCGAACAUGUUUUCUCGCUCCUGCGUGGAGGCCGAGGACUCGCCUGCCCUCACUUCCCCAAGUACACCACCGCCGGGGUCUCAACCGCACGCAGAAAAUACCCGAGCCGUCUCGGCUUCUUCCACGCCUCGAGUCCCAAAGGCCACAUCAGCUACCUGGAGACCGCCAAGUUCUGCGCCGCCUGCCUCGACCAAGCCGUGCCGAGUGGCUACACUUACUGGUCCAUGGUCUCCGAAGGCAAUGGUUCGGUCAUAGGAGGUCGGUGGCUCGACACGGCGGCUUCGUCUCAGACGUAUCCCCGUCUAUAUCAGGCUGGUACCGAGCGGUUCGACCAAACAACCGUCUCUCCGCAUUUUGUCCCAGAGCAUCUUCUCACUUCACCCAAGGAGGUUCCCAUUCCCAAGGUGUCGGGGGCUCUCGACGCCUGGCGUUGGUUACAGGCUCAGCAGAAGCCCUUCUAUGUCGACGGGCUGCAUCUCACCAACGGCUGGACGCCUUUCGCGCAGCUGUCUGUCGAAGAAGAUGCCGCCAUCGUCAAAACGAGCGGCGAGCGAUACGUCGCUGGCCGAUCUACGCACGCUGCUGAUAUCCAGAUUCACCAACGCCACAUCGGAGAAGGUCCUGUUGUUCGGCCCAAGGGUCUCCACGCGCAACAACUUUCGCCAUGCGGCUUUGUCCCGACUGGCAAGCCGAACGAGUCCGCCGCCACCUCUACGGUUCCCUCUACGGUUCCCCUGAGCAUUUCUACAAAUCCCGCCUUUGGAAAGGCCUCGACCUCUUCAAUUAAGAGGAAGGCUGUACCUUCUAGAGGGAUUGGUCCCGGAACGCUGCCAGCAUCUGUCACGCCACCCGUUCAGCAAAGAGUCGUGACAUCACCUCCAGAGCUGUCGCAACCUCCAGUCAGUAGGCCAGAGGCCAGUCAUCAUGAUCCCGUAACAGGGAGAACAAUGAGUCCCCAGCCAAAGGCUCAUUUUCUCGACGGGUCGCGUUCAGUCUCUCAACCAACGUCGGUCUUCAGCGUCGAUGCCGGCCAGGGACCCCAUGUCCUGGGUCCAAGAAACACCGCGGCUUUUGGCCCUCUGAAUAGGACAAAGUUGCCUCAGGGAGAUCCUCGAUUGCUCCAAGACGCCCGGUCAUCCAGUGCAAUGUCGAGUCCGCGAAGCCACUCUUCGUCAACUGUGCCGACUAGGGGAGCCAAGACGCCCCAAGAAGUCGCACCGUCCCUGGACAAGGUUUCUUCUGGUGGAAACCAACCCACCCCGAGAACAUCUGUCUGGAGCCAGACUGGAGAACUAACGAAGCCCGCUCUAGGCAUGAAGCCGAGUGACAAGAGCAAAGACGGCAGAAAAGAACAGACGACGUCUGAUGCCACGGCUGGCCAGAUGCCGCAAGACAAGCCGACUGCUCGGAGCUCUCAGCCGCGGAAAGCCGGGAGCUCUUCCAAAGUCGACAGAGAUACGCUGCCCAACUCGGACAGGACGCGCUUCGCCCGGAACUGGUACCGCCAUGACCCCAUCGACUUUGAUGAGCUGGACGGGCCAUCGUCACCUCCAGCAGAGCAGAUUCCAGAUGCCCGUUCAGAAGAGACGCCUGGAACGCCGUUGCCCUUGCCAGGGAUCCUCCCUCAGCCCCGGGGCUCCAAGACAGACGCGACAGAUUACAAGUUGGCCGCAACUUCUGUCGCCGAGCUCUUCCGCCUACUUCAGUCCCCUCCAGAAGGCAAAUCGCGGGCCAAAAGACCCCUUUCUCUUCCUGAAGCAUCGAACAGAGGGCCUCUUGAGCGACCAUCUGGUACCAGGCCAUCAAAGAAGUCCAAAGCGCCACAGGUGAUGUCCGGCAUCCCGGAGACGAUGUCUAGCACGUCAUACGAGACGUCCAGCGUACCGCGGAAGACAUCAGGCCAAUUCGGAAGCCUGGCCAUGCCCCCCACCCCCCUACAGAAACGAAUAACACACGACAUGGUGCAGGAGAUGCCGCCGCCCGCCAACCAGCUCACAGUCACCAACCGGUCCAUCGCGAAGAAGCCUUCCCCAGCCCGCCCAAUACGAAGCGCCCCAACUGCCUCGCAGUAUCCUAUAGUCCCAUCUCAUCAGCCACAGAGUACUCGAUCUCUAGGUGUCGCCGGUACCAAGACCAAAUCAGCAGGCCUUGCUCCCAAACACGCCACAGGAGCGGAGAAGAAAGAUGCCAUCAGAUCGGUUGUCGACACUUGGAAGCAGAAGACGGCCAGCGGAAGCAAGGCGAACCCGGGCCGAGGUUCCAAGACACCCAAGCCACCAAACGUCAAGGUCACUGAUGGGAAGGUAAAGACUAAACGUGCGGCCCCAAGGGCAGAGCCGCGCAAGCGGCGGGUGGGCGACACCAAGAAGAUUUCCGGGGCUGAGAAAAAGAGAAAAGCACACCCCAAAGACCCUGGUGCCGCUAGAGUACCGAGGAAAGAGAAGAGAGAUGGUCGAUCUUCGUUGGGACACGGCAAGCCGGGAGCUCACGACACGCAUUCCACCACCAAGAUCGGCCACAUGUCUUACUCAACGACCAAUGGUCCCAUCUAUCUACUGGGUGGAGGAUCGCAAGACUCCGACUCGGGUUCCGAUGUCGAGAGUGAUGACGAUACGUCUGAUUCUGACUACGCUUCCAAUCCAUCCCAGACAAGUGAUUUGGAUGACGACGAGCCGGCCCAAGAAGGAGGACCAAAUCAGUCGGACACAGAAGACGCUGCCAACGCCAGCCAAGACGGGGGACCAGGACAAGAUUCGGCACAAGAUUCCAGGCCUACUUCACCAGAGUCUCCCCCAGGCGAACACGUCCCUAAUCCCCCUGGACAGUCCGCACUAACUCAACCCGAAGUCGAGCGUCCAGACUCGAGAAUAAGCCUGGUCUCUCAACCCUCGAUCCCAGAUAUAUCUGUUCCGAACCCGUACUUUGAAGGCACCCAGCAACCCGGAACAGUCCGUGAUAGUCCCAGGCGGUCAUGGUCUGCAGACCAAGACGCCUCGGGCUCCUUCGGAAACCAGCAGACAUCUGUCUCCUCUGGCCUAUAUAUGGAGCCUCCGUUUGAUACCGGUGCAUCGAGUAGCUACUACUCAUCGCCUCCGUUGCUGGGGCAGACUAUGGUAGCAGAUACCUCUCGACAGAAUUCUACUCUGGAACCACUGGGCGUCGAGAAUUCGCGAGGCCUUCCAGAACAGAGCCAGACUGACAGGACUCCGACUAGCAACAGCCGGCAGGUCGAUUCCACAUCCUCGUGGCCCUCUGAGGUUUUAGGAACGGCCCCAAUGAGCCCUAUGGACCAGCAUGGUUACACCGUUAGGCCAUCCGCACCGUCGUCCGGAAACCCUCGGCUGUUCGAUGGCUCAUACUAUCCUCCGGUAAAUUCAGCAUCGGCAUCAAACGAUCCUUUCCAAGGCCAGACUCAAUCAUCUCAGCCCUCGUUUGGGGGAGAUCUGUCGCAGGCAUCUGUACUUGCUCGGCAACAGGCCUCUGCAUCGCCGAGCGGUAUAUCAAGAGGCUUAUCUCGAAACCAAGCACCAGCAGGUGCAGACUCCUCCGGUCAACGGAGUAUCGAAACGGUCCAAAUGGGAAAAAUGCCGACGUCUAGCCCGACAUCAGUUCCGGAGCUGACGCCAACUACAGGGCAGCCCGCGCCACUCGGUCAACCUGAAUCACCGUGGACUACGGCAACCGGACAGGGCCUCAACGCGAGUUACUUCUCCGGAGCCCCCUACACAUCAGCCGAGGCGGCGUACGACCCGUACUCUACUAGCCCAAUAGCUCCUGAGCAACAGGCGGUCCCUCAGUCAGACCCCUGGACCGCAAGUCGUACAAGAAACACCAAUGAGCAAGCUUCGACAUGGCCGCCCAAGCAGUAUGAGCCGUUCUCCCCAAGCUCUCCAACUGUUCCUGUUCCUGGUGUCUCGAGCAAACAAGCAUGGGGACAACAGGCCGGUUCGCCUGCCACGUUCGACAGGCAACAAGAACGCCAGCCUUUCUCUGGAGACCAAUUCUCAGGUACGGGUCUGUCAGAAUGGAAUGCUAGAGACAACAGCGUAGCACCGAUGGACUCGCAGAACCCUCACGCCACUCGCCAGUCAGGCCCCGCGCCGUACGCCGCGCAGGGCUCGCAGCUGGAGCCCUACGGCUCGCAUCAGUCGCCAGCAGGGAACCAGGUCUACGUCCUCGGGGACCCGUCGCCUCAGAGGACCGGCGGCAGCAACAAGGGCAAAAUCCUCCUGGCGGCGGCGGCUGGGGCAGCUGUCGGCAUUGGGGCCGCUACGCUUCUGAGCCGGAGCUCGUCCGCGUCGUCCAAGAGCUCCCACGUCCAGUCGCCGCCGUCCGAGAUAAACAUGGAAAACUACGCCGCCUGGGGGGACGUCCCUGCCUCCAACGAUGGGCCUCAUUACGAUGGAGCGGAUAGCGGCUUGGAGAAAGCGGGGGGCGCUUUGAGCUCGUCAUCGUCGUCUUCUUCGUCGUCGUCGUCAUCAUCGGGCCAUGGAGAUCGUGGCGAUUCGGCCCAGAGAGAGACGGCUUCUCACGACUGGAACGACGUCGACAGCGACGGCAACCAGGGCGACGCUAGCAAUGACAAAGGGUUCGGGAUGAGAGAUGGCGAUGAUGAGUCAGACAACCACUCCGUGGCCUUUGAUCAGUUAACAUCCGUCUCAUAUGACAACGAAGAUGCUCCCCAGGCCCCGAGUGUGUCGGGAGCCUCGGAAUCGGACCAACCUGGAUUUUACGACGAUGACGACUAUGGCAGCGCCUGUAACGAUGAUGAGAGUCAUGAUCAGGGGUCGGAGCAGUCCCAGGCCGGGGAGCACGACAUGUAUGGAUCGGAGCAGGAGCUAGCGUACAACUCGGAGCCUCAGGGGCAGUUCGCAUCUGAUUCGGAUCAAGGGUCGGGGUCAGAACAAGAAUACAUGGUGGACGAUGAGGCUGUUCACGAAGAAUAUCCUAGCUCCGUGGCGGGAUCGGAUCACUACCUUGAGCAGUCGGGUGUAGAGCAAGAUGAGAGUGAGCUAGAUGAGGAAGGUGAAGAUGGCAUUGGGCAUGAGUAUGGAGAUGAAAGCGAUGAGGCGGAAGGUUACGGCGAGGAGGAGCAAGAUGAAAGUCAGGAAGAUGAAAGUGAUAUUGAGGAAGAGGAGGAAGAGGAGGAAGAGGAGGAAGAGGAGGAGGAAGAUGAAGUUGAAGAUGAAGAGGAGGAGGAGGAGGAGGAAGAAGAGGAUGAAGAGGAUGAAAGCGAGGAGGAUGAAGAAGAAAUCGAAGACUAUGGUGAGCCGGAGAGCGAAGACUAUGCCGAGGAGUACGACGAAGGCGGCGGCGGUUCGGACAGUGAUGCGUAUAGUUACUAA